AAGUUAUAGACGAUAAACCCAAAUCUCCAGAAAUUAUCGAGGAAUCUGCGAAAAAUGAGCCUGAGAUAUCUCCCGUCUUACCUGUAAGCAACGAAUCCAAGUCCAACAACGAGGCACCUCCCCAGCAGAUAUCAUACCCACCGGGAUAUCAAACUAGGGAGCAACGGGAAAAGCGCCUCAGAGAAACUGCGAUUAAAUACGGUGAGAACCCAGAUAAGUUUAUGACCAUAACUGAAAAAGAUAAGGAUUUGGCACUAAUAUUCAAAGACAAAAUGAUAUCAGAUGCAGAGAUGAUUCAAUUCGCAAAAGAUACUGAUGAUGAUCCAGAUACAUUAAUGGAUAAGGAUAUAGAUAGGCGGGCAAGAUUGAUAUGCAUAGAGAUUAAAAUUCGAAAGCAUGAGGAUGACGGAGAAUUUCGAGCAACCCCCUAUGAUGAUGAGGAAUGGAAAAAAAGUAUAACAAUACUUCAGGAAAAUGGGUUCUAUG